AUGAUCAUCCGAUCUGUGCCAAGAGAAGAUUCUCAGAGACCGGGUGCCCACUUAACUGUGAAAAAGAUCUUUGUUGGCAGAAUUAAAGAAGACACUGAAGAGCAUCACCUGCGAGAUUAUUCUGAGCGGUAUGGAAAAAUUGAAGUGAUUGAAAUCAUGACUGACAAAGGCAGUGGGAAAAAGAGAGGGUUUGCUUUUGUCACUUUUGAUGACCACGACUCUGUGGACCAGAUUGUUAUUCAGAAAUACCAUACUGUGAAUGGCCACAGCUGUGAAGUCAGAAAAGCCCUGUCAAAGCAGGAGAUGGCUAGUGUUUCCUCCAGCCAAAGAGGUCGAAGUGGCUCCGGAAACUUUGGCGGUGGUUGUGGAGGCGGUUUUAGUGGCAAUGACAAUUUUGGUCGAGGGGGGAACUUCAGUGGUCGUGGUGGCUUUGGUGGCAGCUGUGGUGGUGGAGGAUAUGGUGGCAGUGGGGCAGGUACCUGA